AAAAAAUUUCUAACGACAAAAAAUGAAUCUCACACUUAUAUUUAGGGCUGCCAACAUUGUUGCAGCAGCCUUCAUGAUCAUCGGUGGUGUCAUGACUUGUAUCGCAGGAGGUUUUCCCAACUUUAUUCAGGGUAUUUUCGUCAUAUUGUUCGGUAUUAUGACAGCUAUAUUUGAAUUUAGAUUGCCAGCUAUGAUCACCCAAUUUGCCUCCUUUAUGUUCUCUUUCCUGGGCCGUGGUGUUUUUUAUAUUUUCAUUGGUUGUAUCACACUCAAUUAUAAUGGAUUAGGGCUUGCCUCUGGAAUUAUAGUUCUUGUGAUUGGUGUUGGAUUCGUAGUACUUCAAUUUACGCAUAUUGAAGCCCCAUCUAAUAUGCAAAAGCGUGCGUAUGAAGACGCUGUUGGAUAUUCUACUCAAAUCGGUGAUGGCACUUCACCCACAGGAGCUGGCUUUGGUCAAGAUAGUUUCUCUCCAACCAGUGCUGGAAAUCCACAAUAUCCUACAGCCAAUUAUGCCAGCCCCGGUGCAGUUUAAACACAAUUACAAAAAAAAACACUCUUUUAUCACUUAUAAAUAAAUUCCUCUACCUUUUUAAUUGCUG